UCCUUCCGUUCCCCGGCCGCCUCCGGCGACCCCACCCCCGCCACGCGCCGGCCGGCCGCCCCGGACUCGCGCUCGCCGAGGGAGGGGCGGGAUGGGGCUGCUUCGGGGGUUCUCGGUGGGGGCCGUGAUGAAGCGGAUGUGCAAGGCGGUGCUGAAGAAGGGGCUCGGGGAUCUGUUCCUCGGCGAGCUCGACCUCGACCAGCUCGACCUGCAGCUCACCCGCGGCACGCUCGAGCUCACCGACCUCGCGCUCAACGCCGACUACAUCAACAGCCAGCUAUCAGGAUUAUCUAUCAUGGUGAAAGAAGGAUCAAUAAAAUCUCUGCUGGUUAAAUUUCCUCUACAGUUAAAGAGUUGUGAGAUUGUAGUGGAAGACUUGGAGCUUGUGCUCGCUCCAUCUGUUGCUAUUGAAAUUCCACCUGUAGUUGCUGAAUGCUCUGUUUCUGGUAAUAGUAGUUCCACACAGGCAUCAGUCAACACCAAAAGAAAUGAAUCUGAUAAACACUGUUCUACAUCUGCAUCUCGAGAUGUGGAUGAGGGUGUCAAGAGAAUAGCCAAUGCUGUCAAGUGGUUUCUUACAAACUUCAAAAUCAAGUUUAAAAAUACAUAUGUUGUAUUUGAUCCUCAGACCAUUUUGGAUAACAAGAUCUCAGAAUUUAACCGAUCACUUGUUUUCCGGGUUAAAGAGAUAGAAUUUGGAACUAAUCUUUCAACAGAUGGUCUUGUCAAGUUGAAUAAUUUCGUAACGUUCCAUGAGGCGGUGAUCGAGUUCUUGAAAAUGGAUGAUGUUGAUGUACUUCAUCAGAAUGGUUUGGAUAAAGCAACAGCUGACAUCUCAUCAGGUCAUAGUACUACCUCGGUCUUGACAGGUCCUAUUGGUGGAUUCUCAGGGACAUUGAACUUAAGCAUCCCGUGGAGUAAUGGAUGCUUGAACCUUAAGAAAAUCGACGCAGAUGUAUCUGUUGAUUCAUUAGAGUUGCUGUUACAAAUCAGCAGUAUCCAGUGGUUCAUGGAUGUGUGGGAUUCUCUCCAUAGGAAUCAAGCAAUUGAACAGAUUCGUCCCCAUAAUACGGCAGAUAUGUCCUUGAGCACCUCCAGAUCUGCCUUAAGCACUUUGAAGUCAGGUUUAGAUUCAGUGAUGAUCAGGAGGGAAGACACAGACCAGAUUGCACUUUCACAAAACAGGCAAGACAAAUAUCAGGAUUCUUUUCUAACUAAGGCACAUGUUAUUCAAGACUGGAUUCCGGAGCUCGUUGUUCACGAGGAUCAAGGUGACCCUGAUUCAGAUUGUGACGAAAGCAUUGAUCAGUUCUUUGAAUGUUUUGAAGAACUGAGGAACUCCCAGACUAAUUUAGGAAAUAGCGGCAUAUGGGACUGGACGUGUUCAGUAUUCAACGCAAUUACUUUUGCAUCCACUUUAGCUUCUGGAUCAGAUCAAGUUCCUAAAGAAGCGCCGAUUGAGAAAACGUUACGGGCUUCCAUUGCUGAGAUAUCUGUCAUUCUCUUGUUCAGCGAUGAAAUGGAUACUGGCGAUUCCAGUGUUCCUGUCAGUCUCGUCAAUGAUAUGAGAAAUUCCGAAAUGUUCUCGAGCUGCCUUUCCUCCCCGCAGAUUGAACAAUCGAUGAUGUAUCCUGCUACUGCUUCCAGCUUAAAUAUGCAUCAUCUUGAAGCCAAGUGUCAGAACAUUCAUCUUGAACUUGAGACAUAUCCCAAAAAAUUAGGGUUCAAGGCAUUGAUUGCCCACAUGAAGCUUGAUGAAUACUACAGUACUAACCAUGAUUCAAAUCACUUACACCUUGGCACUGCUUUCUUAAAUAAUAAUUUCUGUAGAGAAGUUCAAGCUGCUCUCCCUGAAUUCCCAUUUGCUGCUCAAGAUUAUUGGGUAGAAACAGCUGGAAGCUCUUCCCGCCGUUCAGAAAAAUUCAUUAAGGUUGAGCUGCUAAAAACAUUUGGUGAGUCCACAUUCCAUUAUGAUGUCAGUAGCACAGAUCAAGAUGGCAACUCAGUAAGCACAACUUCACUGUCCAUAUAUUUGGCUCCUUUGACUUCGUGGGUGCACUUCCAUACAGUAUACAUGAUACUGAAUUUUGUCAGUAAAGUCGAGUCUGAUGUGUUACAUGGAGAGCAUAGACUUAAUAGGGAUGGGGAUGAAAGAAGCAGCAAACUGGCUAAUACUUCCUCAAGCGACUCUCUGAAGGUUCAGAUAGCCCCAUCACAUGCAAGAAUCGUCUUUUGCUUUCCUUCUGAGCCCUCAUGGGACUUAGGUCGCCCGUCAAUCCUGGAUAAGUUCCUUGUCAUCGACCACACGACAUCUCAUAACUCAGCAGAAGCCUCUUCCCCACUUCGAAAUGAAAGGUUUAAUGAUGUCCAUCCAAGCACACAAUCUACUUCACUCCAUUUGGCUACCGGGAACUUUGACAUCUACUUGGUUAAACCCUCCAGUGCAUUGGAUGGUAUAUGUGCUUUAAGUAGGCAAACUUUCUCUGCUCUGAAGAUUUUAUCUGUGACUAGAUCUGAUUAUGAGGACUCCAGCAUUAGAAUGAUCCGAAAAAACCACCCUGUAACUUGCCCUGAGAUGGUGAGCAAAGUUUGGAGUUUGCCGAGCCUACAUGAUCAGAAGAUUACUCAGAAAGAAAAUAAUAAAUGGGUCGGUGUUGCCUCUUCUACAACUUCACAAGAUCUUGUAGAGUCAAGUCUCAGUAUUCGCCAGGAACUCAUUCGGAGCACUGAGUUCUUGCUACAUGUCCAACUUCCUUGUGUUUCUGUUCAUCUCAAUAAGAAGGAUUGUGGACUACUUAAUCAGCUGCUAGAUCACGUACUCGACGGGCUUUCAGAUGGAGCACCACACAGUUCUGAAAAUGUCAAGGACAAAAAUAACGAAAUUGCCAUUCAAACAUCUGUCACCUUUGAAUGCAGCAUGUUAGAUAUUUGUACUGAGUUGGAUGAAACUAUGGAAGUUGGUCCAUCGUUGCAGACAGAACUAGAAGGUUCUUGGAAUCGCCUUAAGUUAUCCAUUUCAAAAUUGUCUCUGUGCUCCUUCUCUAAUGUUGGUGGGGUCAAGAAUACCAGUUUUCUUUGGGUGAAUCAUGGUGAAGGUGAGCUUUGGGGUUCGGUUACCGGUACAGAUGAUAAAACCUGUGAAGAAAGCAAAGAUUUUCUUCUAGUUAUUUGCAAGGAUUCUGCUAGCAGGAGGGGUGAUGGUGAAGGUAACAAUGUAUUGUCUUUUGGUACUGCUGGCUGUUCCGUGACCCACAUCAGGAACCCAAACCUACAAGAGAAUUAUACUUCUGUCAAUGUUCGUUCUGGGACAAUUGUGGCACCUGGUGGACGUAUGGAUUGGGUCAGUGGAAUAUCUUCGCUGUUCAGUUCAGGUUCAAGUGGAACUGAACAAUCCAAGAACAGUAGUAGCACAAAUAAUUCACAGGCUGGCGAACCAUUUUGGUCCUCUUUUUUUCUCGAGUUAGCCGAUGUUGCUCUGAGCUAUGAACCUCACCUGAAAAAUUCCUCAUUCAAUGCUGACGCUCCGGACUGCAAGUUUUUCUCAUGCCUUUUAGCUGCAUCAUCAUUUAAACUUCAUAAUAAAUCUGCAUCAGAUUCUGCAGCUACUGAUUUUGAUAUCCAACUGCGAGAUCUCGGUCUUCUCAUUUGUGAAUCGUCUGGUUCCAAAAAUGUCACUUGUGGUUAUGAUGUUGAGUACCUUCGUCAAAUGGGCUAUGCUAAGAUUGGCCAUAACACAUUCAUUGAAGCUGCUCUAAGAACUGAUACUUCCUUUUGGAAACUUGAAAUAUCCGAGUCACUGUUUGAUAUUGGGACAUGUCGUGAUACAACACAUGGUCUUGUUCGUUUGGUUUCCCAACUACAAAAGCUAUAUGCUCCGGAUAUGCGGGACGCUUUAGCUCAUCUUCAAUCUAGGUGGAAUAUUGUCCAACAGGCAAACGCACAAAAUAUGCCCAGUGAUGCAUCAGAUAUGUCAGAGAGCACUGACAACUUGGCAGAUUCGGGAGAGUGCAAGUCAGAUGGUCUGCUUGAUGACAUAAUUGAGGAUGCUUUUUACACUGAUCAGGCCUACACAGACUACAAUUUUUGGGACAGAAAUUGUCAUAACUCGAGCAGCAGUGAAAUGAAUGCUGAAUAUGAGAUGAAUAUGGCGAACCCUGAGGCAGCUGAUGUCGGUGUUUCACAAAUAGUCGCCCCAAAAGCGAAUACUGCCCAAAUACCAAUUAAGCAGAAUUCCUGUCCUGAGCAAAUCAUUGACUCUUAUUAUAUGCCUGAUCUUCUAAAUUCAUCAUUGUCAUCAUCUCCUUGUAAUGUAAACCAUCAGUCGUCUGGUGAUGAUGCUCGUAAAACCAUGGACUGUGAUGAUGGUGGAUGGUACAACAAUAGCCCCUUGACGAUAGUUGAAAACCAUGUUUACAAAAGGAACAGCCCACAUGGAGAGCAUGUGUACCAACAAGAAGGCAAGCCUGCUGUUUGCAGCUUGAAUUCUGAUGAAUCUUGUAAUCUGAAAGGCAAGAUUCUUAUUCAUGAUAUAGACGUUAAGUGGCGCAUGUAUGCUGGUGAUGACUGGCCAUUGGCUCACAAUGAUUCAACUAGCCACCUAUGCUCAAAUGGAAGAGAUAGGAGUUCUUCUUUAGAAUUCAUCGUGUCAGGACUCGGUGUGCAAUUUGAUAUGUAUCCAGAUGGGGCAGUUUCUGUUUCUAGGUUAUCCAUCUCCGCUCAGGAUCUAAAUCUUUGUGACCAAAAUACCCAUGCUCCAUGGAAAAUGGUUCUCGGAUGCUACAGCUCAAAGGAUUACCCAAGAGAAUCUUGCUCGACUGCAUUCAAGUUAGAACUAGAGUCUGUAAGACCUGAACCACAGGCUCCUCUAGAAGACUACAGGUUAUGCCUCGAGAUUUUGCCUCUUCAAUUGCAUCUUGAUCAAGGGCAACUGAACUUCCUCAUCAGUUUCUUCCAGAAUGACUCAAUUAACAACAACCCUCAUGUGCCUUGCGAAAAUGAGAUUGUUGGUAUGGACAGCACAACCUACGGAAGCACUACAAUUGUGGAUGAAGCAUUACUUCCUUUUUUCCAGAAAUUCGAUGUGAAGCCUCUGGUUCUGCAUAUUAAUUAUAUUCCUCGUCAGUUUGAUCCUAUUGCACUAGGUAAAGGAAAUUAUGCAGAGCUUCUCAACAUCCUUCCAUGGAAGGGAAUCGAUUUAAAGCUUAAGAAUGUUUCUGCAAUGGGUGUUUAUGGGUGGAAUAGUAUAUGUGAAACAGUAGCUGCAGAGUGGCUGGAGGACAUCUCCAAGAAUCAGGUCCAUAAAGUGUUAAAAGGUCUUCCUCCUAUAAAGUCAUUAGUUGCCGUUGGUUCAGGCACUAAGAAAUUGGUCUCCUUACCAAUCAAAAGCUACAAGAAGGACCGGAAGUUGCUCAAGGGAAUGCAAAGAGGUGCUGUUGCUUUCAUCAGAAGUGUAUCCAUCGAAGCUGUAGGCCUUGGUGUCCAUUUGGCAGCGGGAGCUCAUGAUAUGCUUUUGAAGACAGAGCGUGCCCUUACCGCUGUUCCGCCGCCUUUAACCUCACGUGAAGCAAAAAAAACCAAAGAAAACAUAAGAGCUAACCAGCCUGAGGGUGCACAUCAAGGGUUGAAGCAGGCCUAUGAAAGUUUAACUGAUGGGUUUGGAAGGACAGCUUCUGCUUUGAUUGGGAAUCCUAUCAAGGUUUAUAAUCGUGGGGGUAGCACUGGAUCAAUACUGGCUACUGCAAUCUGUGGAGCUCCAGCUGCUGCAGUAGCUCCAGUAUCAGCUUCUGCUCGUGCUAUGCACUAUGCACUUCUUGGGCUAAGGAACAGCCUUGAUCCUGAACACAAGAAAGAAUCUGCGUACAAAUAUUCCGGGCCUUCUCAAUCGUAGACUUGCAGUGCGGAGGAGGUUGGUUAACCAUUGUCCUAUUAUGGAAGAAAACUGGUUGCCCGUGUUCAGUUUCAUCAAAUGGCAACAUGCAAACUUGUGCAGUGAAAUGAGAAUUCUGUACUGCUAGAGAUCCUUAACCCGAAGAAUCUAUCAGCAUCAGCUGGCCUGGUCUUUCUGGAGUUUCUAACACGUCUGUGCAGGUGUACAGCUGUAUGAUAGGUUGUAUGUGGCGUCAAAACCCGUCUAUAGUAUGUAUAUAUAUAAAUUAAUACACAACACGGUUGUAGUCACCGCACCGUUUCCACCUCGGGUGGAAGUUUUGUAAACCCCUAGCUUAGGCAUUGACCUAAGGUCGAGGGAGGGGAUCAGGGGGGAUGGCUCCAAUUUUGUACAUAAUUUGGUUGCUUUCUGAGUUGUGCAGAUGUAAAUAACUCUUGUUUCGGUUGCCGGUAUGUUUGUUGGCUUGCUAAACCGCCGAUGAUAUGUUUCUCUUGCUUUGCAAGUGUAUAUUAUUGUUACCAGAUUU